UGUGUGUCUGUGUGUGUCUCUGUUAUCGAACAACAAGGAAGCAUGAUGACUACAAAGUGGCGACAGCUUCAAAGACAGAGUGCUGAUCACUGGACUUAGACCCCGAUCGGGUCGUGAGUGCGCCGGAGUGGACGUGGGAGUGGAUCUUUUUUUUUUGGUCAGCUGGCCUGCGGGGAGGUCUGCCGGGCACUUGGCGAGGCGAGCGAUGGAGUUCCACAAUCUCUGCACUUUGGAAAGCUUUCAGCGCCUCUGCGGCCGCUACGGCUACGGGGGAGAGUUCCGAGAGGUUAUUGAGCGAGAGUUCAGCCGGAUCAGAGGAGUGACCUAUUUGGACCAUGCUGCUGCCACCCUGUACCCCGAGUCUCUGCUCAGGGACUAUUUCCGGGACCUAUCCACCGGUGUUUACGGAAACCCUCACAGCCACAGCCCCAGCAGCAGACUCACACAUGACACAAUAGAGGGGGUCAGAUACAGGGUGUUGCAGCAUUUUAACACCACCCCCGAGGAGUACUCGGUGAUUUUCACUUCUGGCUGCACAGCCGCGCUCAAAUUAGUGUCCGAGAGUUUCCCCUGGAGCCCGCCGGCCGGGAAGGAAACGGGGAGCCGCUUCUGCUACCUCACCGACAACCACACCUCGGUGGUGGGCAUGAGGGGGACGGCCUCGGCCCUGGGGGCGCUGGCCCUGCCGGUCCGGCCGGCGGAGCUGGAACGCCAGGUCCAGGUCGAGGCUCAAGGCCAAGACGUCGUUGGCCAGACGGCGCAUCUCUUCUGCUACCCGGCGCAGAGCAACUUCUCUGGGAGGAAGUACCCGCUUGGCCACGUGAAGAGCAUUCAGGCGAGGCGGCUCUACCCGGCAUGUGACCACCGGGGUCGCUGGUUCGUGCUGCUGGACGCGGCCUCGCUGGUCAGCUGCUCCCCCCUGGACCUGCAGGAGUGCCCCGCCGAUUUCAUCCCCAUCUCUUUCUACAAGAUGUUUGGCUUCCCCACCGGUCUGGGGGCUCUGCUCGUCCGGAACAGUGCGGCAGGCGUACUAAGGAAGGCUUAUUUCGGAGGAGGCACAGCAGCGGCUUACCUCUCGGGAGAAGAUUAUUAUGUGCAGGCUGCAAACAUUUCUGACAGAUUUGAAGACGGCACCGUGUCUUUCCUGGACAUCAUUGCUGUAAAUCAUGGCUUUGAGUCCCUUUACAGGAUCACAGGGAGCAUGCAGAACGUCCAGCAGCACACGUUUGGUUUGGCUCGCUACACUUACUUGCUGCUCUCAAGCCUUUGCCAUGGCAACGGGAAACCGGUGGCUCAGGUGUACACCGAAGGUCAGUUUGAAAGCUCAGUCAAUCAGGGAGCGAUCCUGAACUUCAACCUCCUGGAUUCUCACGGACGGAUAAUUGGGUAUUCACAGGUGGACCGAAUGGCCAGUUUGUACAACAUUCACGUGCGCACGGGCUGCUUCUGCAACACCGGCGCCUGUCAGGCCUUUCUCGGCAUCACCGGCGAGCAGAUGAAGAGAAACCUGGAGGCAGGCCACGUCUGCGGAGACAGCGUGGACUUGGUGGACGGCCAGCCGACCGGAUCUGUUCGAGUGUCCUUUGGCUACAUGUCAACCUUUGACGACUGUCAAAAGUUCCUACACUUUGUCGCAGAGUGCUUUGUGGAGAAACCGGUCUCAGUGGACCAGGAGAGGCUGAGGAGGCUGAAAACAGCCGAGGCGGCACCCGAGGGUUCGAGCCGCUGCUUUUCAAUGAGAGAAGUCGCCAGGGAAGCAGACAAAGCAGUGAAAAUCCAACCCACAGAGGCUUCCCUGAGGGGAUCAGGACACGCCGACUCAAACAGCCGCGGGGAGCCUUACACCCUGACCAACAUUUACAUCUACCCCGUCAAAUCCUGCGGCGCGUUCGAGGUGCACGACUGGCCGGUGGGACCGCUGGGUCUGCUGUACGACAGAGGCUGGAUGGUGGUGAACGGGAACGGCGUGUGCCUGAGCCAGAAGCGGGAGACGCGCCUGUGCCUCAUUCUCCCACAAGUCCACCUCCCCUCGAACAGAUUGCUGCUCCAGGCGCCGGGAAUGGAUACCAUUUCGGUUCCACUCGAGAACCACUUGGAGCUGAGCCCGGCCUCUCGUGUGUGUCACAGUAAAGUUUGCGGUGACAGGGUGGAGGCUGUUGACUGUGGGGACGAGGCUGCAUCCUGGCUUUCAGACUUCCUCGGACAGCCGUGCCGCCUGAUAAGACAAAAUCCUGAAUUCACCCGAGAAAUGAGGAAGAAGAAGCCCGGUGAAGGUAUCUUUAUAGGAGGCUCGUUUGAUUUGCUUUUUUCUUCUCUCUGUUUAUUCUGGAUUUGUCGGCCUCACUGUAGGCGAGCUGUUCUCAUGCUGCAUGUUGCAGAGGGCAGGGCGCUUUCAGAGUUGUCAGAGUUUAAAAGCUAAAAGAUAAUAUUGAUUGUGGAUGCUGUUGGUUGUCAGCAGGAAGGGGUGCUUUUGGUACCAAGUUUUUGUGUUCUGAUCUUUGUUAUUUUUAACACUUCAACUUUAGCUUUGGAUAUUUUCAUACGUCUUGACUAAAUUCAGGACAAUUUAUUGCCCUUUCACCAGGACCGCGGUCUUGUUGUGUAACCCUCUUUUAUUUGAUGUUAGGUUAAUGGAGUGAUGUCUUGACAUUUUGCCUUUAGAAAACACAGGAAUAAUUCAGAAUUCUUGGCCUGUCAUGAUGCCAAGCCAACUUGGAGCUGAUGCAGCAAUUAUAUACUCCUCACCAUAAUUCACAGAUGGAAUGAAGUCCAUAGGCCUGCAUGGAGCUCGUAAAACCCCUCAUAUAAACCAAAAGCAACAAAGAUUUUCCAGCAACCUGCAACAGAUUCCAUUGUUCCAUUAGAAAAGCGGGGUCUUUCUCCUUCUGGCCCCUUCUUUGCAUUUUUUUUCUGUGUUUUCCUAAUAAUCGCCUCAUGGCCAGUGUGAGAAAGGCUUUUAGUGACCAAGUGGUGGCCCUUAUUUUACACAUUGCUCCAGAGGUGAUCUCUGUAGGACGACAAUCCUUUUGAAGGGUAGCGUUGGUCCUGAGCCCGGUCAGAAUGUUUUUUAAUGAAGCAGUGGAUCAAAAUAAAAUCAAUCUGUCAACAUCAAUGGUGAGGGAUUAUAAUCAGUUUACCGGUGAUGGACUGCCAACCUGUCCCGGGUGCACCCUGCCUCUGGCCCAAUAACUGCUCAAAUAGGCUCCAGCUCCGGCACCCCCUUGCACCACGACCCUACAAGAAAUUAGUAGAAUAAACAGUGGAUGAAUAGGUGGAUUUGCAAGAAUGGGAGAUAUGGAAUACAGGAAAAAUCUAUCUUGGCAUUGCAUCAGUUUAAUACUGUUCAGAUGAAAGCAGGGGUUUGUAACACUCUGUUUUAAAGCAGUUAUCUCAGCUUGAGCCUGAAAUAGUACGUUUGAAAGUUAUGGGUAUUUAGCCGCCCAGAGGGAUCCCAGAGAUCCAGCACCUUGAGUUACAUCAUAGGAAGUAUGGGAUCCCUUAUUUUAUGAGUUUGCUUAAAUUAGAGAACAUAUAUUAAGAUAUCGUUGUAACUAAUCUCUUUUAAAUCAGUUUUUCGCCAGUCUUCAAAUUGUCUUCGACUAUGGGUGCACGUUAUAGUUUAAAACAAUGUAUUUUUCCUCGUCUUUCAUUUCUCGUAACGCAAUAGAAACAUCAUUUCACAUAAUCCCCUCCGACUGGCAAAGGCCCGUGCCUUUCAGAGUAAGUAAUCCAGGCUUUCUUUUGACUAUUGGUCUGCGAGCCCAGUGUGAGAUACUCCUGAUAACAUCAUCUUGGCUAUUCUCUCAGGUCUAAGACUGCUCCCUGCAGAGCCAAAAGAAACUCUCCGUAACUGCGUUCACAUGCCGAGUAAUUCUCCUCAUAAAAAGUCAACUUUUCUCAUGGGUAGAUUUUGCAAUAUCUGUAUAUGUGCUGGGCUUUUACUCAGACUGUUGUGGAUUGACAAAUUGCAGUGUUUUGCAUCAAUAUGAUGAAUUAUUUUUCAGUUUUUCAUUCAGUUCGUGUGCCAGAAUGUGAAAUCAGAUAUUGAUUUUAAACAUCUUAUUAAAAGGUCCAUUUAGUAGCAGCUUUUUCCUCAGCAUCUGGGCUUAAACUGGCGUUUAUUUAAUUGUUUUAAGUUUGAAAGGAUAAACUGAUAACAGAUGGAUCUCUCUUCAUCCAUAAUUACCUACCUAUUUUUGUAGACUUUAUGGAAAUCACCAGUCAGACUGUUUCACUUUUCAUUUUUAAAAAGAAUCUCUGAGGGUAAUGUGAAGUUUUCUUUUCUAGCCGCCUGCUCCCCGUUCCUCUCCCUGGUGAAUGAAGCUCAGUAUCUUAUGAUCAACCGUGUCAGCGUGGAGCUUAUUCAGAAUCUGAUGAGCAGCAGGCAGGAUGGUUGUGAGGGCGAUCAGCUGCCUGACACACAAAAUGUCAUUAGGCGCUUCCGAGCCAAUUUAGUCAUCGCUGGAGUAGAACCAUUUGAGGAGGAUAAUUGGUCACACUUGAUUAUUGGCAACACUCGAUUCAUGGUUGCAGGCCGGUGUGGAAGAUGCCAGAUGGUUGGAAUAGACCAGGACACGGGGACCAAAACAAAGGAGCCGCUUUUGUCCCUGUCUGCCCACCGUGCCGGGAAGGUGACAUUCGGUGUGUACCUGACUCAUGGGGCUCCUGAGGGCUCUCCUGCUACCAGUGUCCUCUCUGUUGGCUCUCUCAUACAGCCUGAACCUAACAGUAAUUGAAGUGGCCAUCUGAAACGUUGUCAUCUUUUAUUGAGCUGAUAUCCAUGUGCUGAAAAAAGAAAACUGGUCAGUUAUGUUUGAAUAUGUCUCAUAUUUGGAGAAUUUUCUUCUUAAUUGACUUUUUAGCACAUAAUCAUUUAUAAGUUGAGCAAAAUUACCCCAGUUAAUGUUAACCUCUUUCCUGGGUCUGUUCCUAUUGAGGUUUAAAUAGCUAUUUAUUUCAAGCCUAUGACUGAUUAUUGGACCAGAAAUCUAAAGCACAUAAUUAAUCUCCCUGCUAUGGGAAAUCUACCAGAUGCUUAAUAUAUGCUCCGAAAAAGGCCUUCGGCUUGUGAAUGAGACUUUAAUUCAGAAAGAGCAAUAAUUUGAAAAUGGAAGGAACAUUUGUACCUAUAAGAGUAAGGUUAUAUCUUGGCCACUGAAAUGUAAAUGUAGAUAAUGAUACAUAUUCUCUUGCAGAAAAUAAAUAUGCAAUGUACUGAUUUAGGCUUGCCACUUCUUUUGUCUUCCAUUUAUCCAAUUUCCUCAGGCUUUGUAAGUACACCCAGCAGAAUAUAAUGAGCAAGUUUUCAGCUAGGGAAUCAACUCAAUGGUUAAAAAAUGUUACAACUUUAUUC